CUCUGCGAGUGGUGCUGAUUGAUCUGGAGCAAGAGAGUCCUAUCCUUCUCUCUGUUCCACUGCCUUGCAAAUUGCAAGCAUUCUGGACGAAGAGGACGACAUCCCCUCUGUCAGAGGAAGCGUUCUUCCGCACCCCCGGAACUCAGAAGAAGAGGUAGUGGGGCUGUCACCGGAGAAAGUACCCAACAAUGAUUCGUUGGUUAAUAUGCACGGCGACACGACAGUCUGCAGAUGCUGUGUCCUCCAUAGCUACAACUGCAGUUUUUGCUCUUUUAGACAUUUUGGACGCCUUGCUCUGUUACAUUUACGCUCUCCUUGACGCCCUGUUAGAGGGGAAGGCGGGCUCUACUGUUUCCUGCUACUGCUAUGGGAAGCGAGAGAGGACAGAGAAGAGUUGCAGGACGUCCGAGACGAUCCAUGACAGGGGGAACCAGUGGAGGAAGUUGUUGAUGGGGGCGGAGGAGUUUCUGGGGCUUAACAAUCGAUCAACAGGAAAAGAAGGCGGAAAGGAGGCAUCUGUGAAACAGGGUGGUGGUUCCAAGGCCAAGGGCGGCCGAUGGUCGGACUGCAAUUGCGAGAGCUGCGUUUCCUGGGAAAGAGAAGAUGGGAGAAAACUUCAUGUGGUUGCAGAGAAGUCAACAUUGCAUCCAUUGGAAAAGGCCGAGGCCGUCAUCUUCUUGCACGGGUUUCAAUCUUCUUCGUCUCUGUGGACUGAGACGGUGUUCCCCAACCUUUCUGAAUCCGCUAAAGCCAACUACUUGUUCUUCGCCGUGGAUCUUCUUGGAUUUGGGGACAGCCCUAAGCCGAGGGACUCGCUUUAUAGAUUGGAAGACCAUGUUGAGAUGAUCGAGCGUUCAGUGAUCCAGCAGUUUAAUCUCGACUCCUUUCAUCUAGUGGCCCACUCAAUGGGUUGCAUUAUCGCAUUAGCCUUGGCUUCGAAGUACCCGAGUUCUACCAAGUCCAUCACGCUAGUUGCACCACCAUAUUUCUCGGCGUCAUCGGGAGAGAAGGCUAGCCGAAUUAUGAUGAACAGAUUAGCCGGAAAGAGACUUUGGCCGUUUCUAUCUUUCGGUUCUUCUGUAAUGACGUGGUAUGAGCACGUUGGCAGAACCAUCUGCUUCAUCGUCUGCAGAAACCAUAGGACAUGGGAACGGGUGUUCAAGUUUCUCACAAGAAAAAGGGAGGUUCCCUUCUUGAUAAGAGACCUGACAAGGCACACACACCAUUCAGCUUGGCAUACCAUGCAUAACGUCAUCUGCAAGGGAGCAGAGUAUCUCGAUUCUUACCUGCAGGAUAUCAGAACCGCUGAGAUUCCGAUCCUGGUGGUUCAUGGCAGCAAGGAUCAGAUAGUUCCUCUGGAGUGCAGCUUCCAUAUUAAAUCCGCAAUUCCUUUUGCAGAUGUGAGAACUAUACCAGGUGCCAAUCACGGGACGGUGAUAGUUGGUAGAGAAAUUCAUUUCACGAGGGAGAUAGAAGCGACAUGGGAUGCAUCCAGAGUGCGGAAACAAGAUUUGAGGACAUAACCAAGUCUUGCAGAUCUUUUGAGCCGAUUUUUUUAGUUUGCAUUUUUCCUCCCCCUCUCCAGUACUUAUGCAAUGAAAGACAGUCAUCAGAAUAGAUGCUUUGAGUUGGAUAGCGGAAUUCAUGGGUGCCUUCAGACAGUUACAUGCCUAUUAUGUAGCAAGAAGGAUAAACGCAUUCUGAGUAGAAAUGGACAUUCAGUAAAAGAAAGUGUAUAAGACCCUCUUGUAGCAACCACUUGACAUUUUGAGACAAAAACAUCAUGUAUGAUACUAUUGUUAUGAAAGAAUGUGAAUUAGGGACUAACUUUCUAUCAGCCACGAGUCCGACCAGUUAUGCCAGAUCUCUUGUAUUUAAAAAAUUUGAAGAUUACCAAACACUCUCGUAUAA